AUGAAGCUUUCCACUCUUAAAUUACUUCCUUUCUGUUCUCUUGCUCUGUUCUAUUUUUAUCCAUUUGUUUUAGCAGCCGUGUCACAACCUAAAAGUGUGAACCAUUCAUUUCAUGUUCCUGCUAUUAUAGCGUUUGGUGACUCAAUCUUGGAUACGGGGAACAACAAUUAUGUUGAAACAUUUAUGAAGGCUAAUUUCAAACCAUACGGGAGGGAUUUCAUUAGAGCGAAAUCCACAGGAAGGUUUAGCAAUGGCAAGAUCCCUUCAGACUUAUUUGUUAAAAUAUCUGUAAUCACCACUCCACCACCACAGUUUCUUUUUCUGGAUUCGUGCACUGCUAGUGUAUACAAGUAUGCUGGUCGAGAUGUCUUCCAAUUUUCUACAGGAUGUGUGCCAACGCAAAGAACGUUAGGAGGAGGCAGAGAAAGGAAUUGUGUAGAAUCAGUGAACCAAGCAUCCAUGGUGUAUAACUCCAAGCUUUCUUCUUCAAUUAUGGCUCUCAACAGAAGUCUUCCAGAUGCCAGGCUUGUCUACCUUGAAAACUAUAGUGAAUUCAGUGGACUUAUCCACCGGUACAAUCAGUUUGGAUUUGAAGUGGUGGAUAAGGCAUGCUGUGGCAUUGGAAACGUGGAAUUUGACUUUAUCUGUAGUUUUCUCUCCUUGAAUGUCUGCAAAGAUGCCUCCAAAUAUGUGUUCUGGGACGGUUAUCACCCGACAGAGAGAACCUACACCAUACUUGUUUCAAAGGCCUUGAAAAAGAAUAUUGAUAAGUUUGUUUAG